GUAUAUAUAUAUAGACAAAACUGUUCUUCCCGCCCAAUUGAAAUUAUAUUUCUCUGCGCUCCAAAACUUUCACAAGAAGCUAAGCGGAAUCUCACAACAAUGGCUCCGAGAAAGAAACCUACACGUCGCUCUUCAAUCCUCAUCGGUGUUGGAGAAAAGUCUCGAUCUCAGGGGAGUACUCGUUUGUGCUCGUUAAUCCGAAUGAUUUUGAUAGUCAUAGUAAAUCUUAUCUUCGGACGUAUUUCAAUUAUACAAAAGUGAAUUACCCACGAUGGCUUAUGCUGCAAAUACUAGGAAGCAAUCAACUUUUAUGGAAAAAUGUGUAUCUAAUGGGAAAUAUUGUACAUUGCUCUUGGAAUCCAAAUCUGAGGUUGAUCCAGGAUUGAAAACCCAAAUGCUUGAGGAAAAUACUACUACGAUGAUGGACUCUAAUCCACCACUAUUCGAUCAAUAUGAGUUCCUUUUGCAAUCCACGGCUCAUUUACAACCAUUUAACAAUGGAAAUCUACCAACUAACUCUGUCAUGGAGGAAUGCCAGCUCCCUCUUAUUGAUCUUAAAGGUUUGAAAAGUAGCAACGAAAAGGAGAGGGUGGCUUGUAGAAGAGAGAUUUUUGAAGCAUCGGAAGAAUGGGGAUUCUUCCAAGUGAUAAAUCAUGGGAUACACACAGAGCUACUGAACAGAAUGAACAAAGAACAAAUAAAGUUGUUUGGGGUACCCUUUGAGAAAAAAAUUACAAGUGGGAUUUUGGAUAAUUCUUACAGAUGGGGAACACCCACUGCAACCCACCCAAACCAGUUCUCUUGGUCUGAAGCUUUUCAUAUUCCCCUCACAAAGGUCUCUGAAGCUGCCUGCUAUGGCGACUUCAUUUACUUAAGGGAAGUGAUGGAGGAAGUGGCAAGCGCGAUGUCGAAGGUAGCAAGAAAAUUGGCAGGAGUUUUAGUGGAGAGUAUGGGGCAGAGGAAGGAAUUAUUAGAGGAUAUUUGCGACGAGAGCACAUGCUUCCUCCGGUUGAAUCACUACCCAAUUUGUCCAUUUUCCGGCGAAGUUUCGGGGCUGGUGCCACACACGGACAGCGAUUUUCUUACGAUACUUCAUCAAGAUUCCGGCGGUGGCCUUCUGGUGAUGAAAGGAUCGCAAUGGUUAGCUGUGAAACCCAACCCGCAAGCCCUUGUUGUCAACAUUGGAGACCUUCUUCAGGCCUGGAGCAAUGAUACGUACAAGAGUGCAAAGCAUAGGGUCGUCGCUAACCUGACGAGGGAAAGAUAUUCAAUCGCAUACUUCCUCUGCCCUUCUUAUCACUCUCAAAUUGGGAGUUGCAGACAGCCUUCACCUUAUAGACUCUUCACUUUUGCUGAGUACAGAAAACAAGUCAGAGAUGAUGUGGAAAAAACUGGCUACAAAAUAGGUCUUUCAAAUUUUCGGCUUUAAAUCACAGCAAUAACAAAUAAAAGUACUAUACGGAAGACCAAUACUAUAGCAAAUACCAAUUCAACUGAAGCACAUAUAGAAUGAAAUUGUAGUUGCAUCGACAACAACUCAAUGUUACAUAAAGGAAAAAAGUCUUUGAAGAAAUCUCAUGCGCACAAAACUGUUCCUGG